AACAUUAUCAUGCGGAUGCAGGAUGAAAAAGCGGGUGGAGUGCCUAUUCGAACAGUGAAGAGCUUUCUGUCAAAGAUUCCCAGUGUCAUCACAGGUGCAGAUAUCGUACAGUGGUUGAUGAAGAGCUUGAGCAUUGAAGACCCAGGUGAAGCAAUACAUUUAGGGAGCCUCAUUGCAGCUCAAGGAUACCUCUUUCCCAUCUCUGAUCACGUUCUGACACUGAAAGAUGAUGGGACAUUUUACAGGUUUCAGGCUCCAUAUUUUUGGCCAUCAAACUGCUGGGAGCCAGAAAACACAGAUUAUGCGAUCUACCUGUGCAAGCGGACAAUGCAGAACAAAGCAAGACUGGAACUUGCAGAUUAUGAAGCCGAAAAUUUGGCCAGGUUGCAACGAGCUUUUGCAAGAAAGUGGGAGUUCAUCUUUAUGCAAGCAGAGGCCCAAGUAAAAAUUGACAGAAAGAAGGAUAAAACGGAACGUAAGAUCCUAGACAGUCAAGAAAGAGCAUUCUGGGAUGUCCACCGACCAGUUCCUGGCUGUGUGAACACCACAGAAAUGGACAUCAGGAAAUGUCGUAGGAUGAAAAACCCCAACAAUGUAAAAAAGUCAGUGUAUGGGAUUUCUGAAGAUUUACAGACACACAGCCCUGCACAUACAGUCACACAAACAGCUAAGAAACCUGCAAAAGAUGAUCUGAAGAAACAGAUAACAUUUUUGAAUUUCCAGCUCGACAGACAUUGUUUAAAAAUGUCCAAAGUAGCAGAAAGUUUAGUCAGUUACACUGAGCAGUAUUUCGAAUAUGAUCCCCUCCUGACUCCACAAGAUCCUCCAAAUCCUUGGAUCAGUGAUGACAGCACAUUCUGGGACAUGGAAGCCAGCAAAGAGCCCAGCCAGCAACGUGUGAGGAGAUGGGGAUUCUCCUUCGAUGAAGUGCUAAAGGACCCUGUAGGACGUGAACAGUUCCUGAAGUUCCUGGAGUCUGAGUUUAGCUCCGAGAAUCUGAGAUUUUGGUUAGCCGCAGAAGAUUUGAAGAAGCAACCGCUCGUGGAAGUUCCAGACAAAGUUCAAGAAACCUGGCAAGAAUUUCUUGCUCCUGGGGCACCCAGUGCUAUUAAUCUCGAUUCCCAUUCAUAUGAGAUAACCAGUCAAAAUGUCAAGGAUCCAGGGAGGUAUUCUUUUGAAGAUGCACAGGAACACAUCUAUAAGCUGAUGAAAAGUGACAGUUAUGCUCGUUUUCUGCGUUCCAAUGCCUAUCAGGAACUCUUACAGGCAAAAAGGAAGCCUGAGAAUGAACAGGGCCGCAGAACCUCGCUGGAAAAGUUCACUCGCAGUGUGGGCAAAUCUCUGACUGGCAAACGGCUUACCGGUCUCAUGCAGUCGUCCUGACAGCAACUCGGGCUUGCUGUUUGCAAUGAGAUGAGAAGAGACUUGUACCUAUACUCCUGGGAGUCACCAUGUAAAGGAGCACUGUGAGGAGUUCUAUGGUACAACUCGACAUCAGGACAUUUUAAUCCUUCCUCAGUGCAGAACGAAUUACCACAACUGUAUCAAAGGAGAUCACCUUUUUUUUUACUAAGAAAUAAUAAAAUUAGAUUAUCUUAGGCGCAGGGAAGCAGAGAUAGAAUUUCUGGCUGCCAGUGAAACUAUGUGAAUGUUCUGACCUUCUAGAUAUUGUAAUGGGAAUUGCUUGUGAAUUCACAGAAUCAAUUUGUAUAAAAGAACUUUUUAACCACAUGUGACUGAGAACUAUUAGGAGGAGGUUUAUAAAUUGCAAGCAAGGGAGCAGGUGCUUAUAUUGAAGGUCCUUUGCCAAGGAUGAGGCAGAUUGAUGUAUCUAUAGGCAAUAACCAGCUCAGUUUCCCUGAGCUUCACAUUCACUUCAGCCAACCAUGAGUCUUCCAUCUUUCUCAUUUUUGCACCUUAGAGUAUUUAAUGCACCUUGUGUAAACUAUAAAGGUGUUCCAGCAUAAGUGUAGUUAUGAACUAUUCUGACUGAUCACAGUGAAACACAGGAUGGAAAGUAACGCUAUAACAAUGCAUAGGUUAGCUUUAAACUCAAGUUUAAUUAAAGGAGCCUCAUAAGUGUUUUUCAGCUUGGCAUACAGAAGCCACAUUUCAGUUUAGCUUUAUUAUCAUUACCUUUUGGAUAUUUUGGUACAGUUAUUGACAGAUCGGGAUCUAAUAACGCCAAAGGAAAAGACACCAUAGUACAGACUGUACAACACACUGUUAAGAAAGUAGCCAGCACCUUCGUAGCUAUAUCGCCGUACAGGUCAGAAAUUUAGAUUAUGUUCAGACCUAAACUUUGCAAGUUCAGAGGAAAAGCGGCCCAGUGAAAAUAUAUGUUGGCCAAUAUUAGUUCUUCAAUUGCCCUUACAGUAGCAGAUUUAGCUUGACUAACAGCAAAUAGGAGUCCUGCUCUGCAGAAGUUUGCUGUUAUGCUUGCUGUCACCGUAUUCCCUACAAUUUAAAACAACUGUAUUGUCUAAAAAAUGCUUUAAGGCUUUCUGAUGAUGUGCAGGAAGCUAACCAUCUCUUUGACAGAGAUUUCCCUUUGGAAGUCAGGAGCACUGUUCAGAGAUUCUGAAUUAAAUUUACUUAUAGUUUUCCCAUUGAGGGUGAGUGGCAGGAAUAUACAGGGGAACUUGAUGAGCAUGGGGAGGGAAAAGGUUACAGGGAAAUAGAGACAGAAGAGAUUGUAACUUCUAAUAUCCAGAGUAAAAAUCCGGAAGAAGUCAGCAAGUUAGACAGCGUCGGUGGAGACAAAAGGAUGGCCAGUCUUUCAGUUCAAGACUGGGAAGUGAGAUUGCUCUGAGACUUGGCACAGACCGAUGUGCAGGGUGGCCUCCUUCUAUGACAUAGAUGAACACAUGAGAAAAGUAGAGAAAGAGGACUUAAUUGGAUUAUGUUGCUGUUCUAUAUGCAUAGCAUCCCACCCCUCAUCACUUAGCCAUCUGUUUCUCUUUUCUUCAACUGUUUAUCUAACUUUGCUUUGAAUUCUUCUCUGCUUUCAUCAUCAGACACUUCUUAUAGGAACUCAUUCAUAUUCCUACCACGUUUUUCUUAGAAUCCUGUAUAGAAUAUGUUAGUCACAACUUUGUUCAUUUAAUCACAACGGGUAUCUAAACAUACUGCUUCCUGAAAUGGAAAGCAACUGCAGCCAUUUCUAUCUUAAAUAUAACCACUCUGGAAGUCCUCCACCCUGAGUGUGGUGUCAUCAUGGCAAAAGAGGAGGCCAUGGAUUGAUAUAUUGGAAUGGGAAUGGGGAUAGGAAUUAAGACAGUUGGCCCCAGGAAAUACCGCUUUUGGUGGAUGGAGCAAAGGUGCUCGACAAUUUUCCAGUCCUGAAGAAGGGUCUCGGCCCGAAACGUCAACUGUUUAUUCAUUUCUAUAGAUGCUGCCUGACUUGCUGAGUUCCUCCUGCAUUUUGUGACCUCCGCCUUAAAAGUGAUAGUUCCUUUUGUCCUCACCUACCACUCCAUGAACCUCUGCAUCCACCUUCCGCCAUUUUCAAUGGGAUCUUACCACCAAGAGCAUCUUUACCUUCUCCCUCCCCACCCCCCACUCUCUGUUUUCCCUUUGGGAUUGCUCCCUUCAUGAUUCUCUUGUCCAUGUCUCUCUCCCCACUAAUCUCCCUCCUGGCACAUACCCCUACAAGCAAAAGAAAUGUUACACCUACCCAUUCACCUUCUCCCUCACCUCUAUUCAGGGUCCCAAGCAGCCCUUCCAGGUGAGGCAACAACUUCACCUGUGGAUUUGUUGCAAUUGUCUGUUGUAUCUGGUGCUGCCGAUGCAGCAGACUCUACAUUGGUGAGAUCGCUAAAUUGGGGAACUGUUUUGUUCCUAUCCCCAUUCCUAUUCAGACAUGUUGGUCCAUGGCUAUCUCCUUUGCCUGAUGAGGCCCUGCUCAGGGUGGAGGAGCAGCACUUAAUAUUCCAUCAAAGUAGCCUUCAACCUGAUGGUGUGAAGACUGAUUUCUCCUUCCAGUAAUAUUUUUCACUCCCACUUCACUCUUAUUCUAUUCCCUGCUCUGGCCUCUUAGCUCUUCUUCUCACCUGCCUAUCAUCUCCCUGUUCUGUGCUGGUACAUUCUCCUCUUUUAUUAGAUUCCUCCUUCUCCAGCUCUUGACCUUUCUCACCAACCUGGCUUCAGCUGUCACCUUCUAGCUAGUCCUCUUUCCCCUCGCCCCACCUUUUCAUUCUGGCAUCUUCCACCUUCCUUUCCAGUCCUGAAGAAGGGUCUCGGCCCAAAACGUCAACAGUUGGUUCACUUUCAUAGAUGCUGCCUAACCUGCUGAGUUCCUCCAGCAUAUUGUGUAUGUUGCUCUGGAUUUCCAGCAUCUGCACAAUAGAGUACAGCACAGAAACAGGCCCUUUGGCCUCUCUAGUCAAUGCCAAACCAUUUAAAUAGCUUAGUCUCAUCGACCUGCACUCUGAUCAUUGCUGUCCAUACCCCUGCCAUCCAUGUACCUAUCCAAAUUUAAACGUUGAAGUCAAGAAUGAAUGCACCACUUGCAUUGGCAGCUCAUUCUGCACUCUCAGGACCCUCUGACUGAAGAUUCCCCUCAAGUUCCCCUUACUGUUUUCACCUUUAACCCUUAAACCAUGACCACUAGUUGUAGUAGCACACAACCUCAGUGGAAAAAGCCUACUUGCAUUUACCCUACCUAUACCCCUAAUUUUGUAUACCUCUAUCAAAGCUCCCCUCAGUCUUCUGCAUUUCAAGAAAUAAAGUCCUAACCUAUUCAAUCUUUCCUUUUAACUCAAGUCCUCCAGUCCUGGCAACAUCCUGUAAAUUUUCUCUGUACUCUUUUAACAUUAUUGACAUUUUUCCUGAAGGUAGGUGACCAAAACUGCACACAAUACUCCAAAUUAGGCCUCACCAAUGUCUUAUACAACUUCAACAUAACAUCCUCUCUCCUGUACUCAAUUUUCUGAUUUAUGAAGGUCAAUGUGACAGAAGUUUUCUUUAAUGACCCUGCCUAUGUGUGAUGUCACUUUCACUGAAUUAUGGACCUGUAUUCCUAGAUCCCUUUGUUCUACUGCACUCUUCAGUGUCCUACAGUUCACUGUGUAAGACCUACCUUGGUUAGUCCUACUGAAGUGCAACACCUUGCACUUGUUUGCAUUAAAUUCCAUCUGCCAUUUUUCAGCCUGUUUUUCCAGCUGGUCCAGAUCCCACUGCAAGCUGUGACAAUCUUCUUCACUGCUCACUGCAUUCCCAGUCUUAGUGUUAUCUGCAAAUUGGCUGAUCCAGUUAAUCAUAUUAUCAUCCAGAUCACUGAUAUAGAUGACAGACAACAAUGGACCCAACACCGAUCCCUGUGGCACUCCACUAGUCACAGACCUCCAGACAGAGAGGUAACCAUCUACUACCACUCUCUGGCAUCUCCCACAAAGCCAAUGUCUAAUCCAAUUUGCUACCUCAUCUUGAAUGCCAAGCACUGAACCUUCUUGACCAACCUCCCAUGUGGGACCUUGUCAAAUGCCUUGCUAAAGUCAACGUAGACAACGUCCUCUGUCUUGCUUCAUCAGCUUUCCGGGAAACUUCCUUGAAAGCUCAAUAAGAUGGGUUAGACAUGACCUACACACACAAAGACAUGCUAACUAUCCCAGAUCAAUCCCAGUCUAUCCAAACAUUCAUAUAUCCAGACCCUUAGAAUACCCUCCAAUAACUUUCCCACUACUGAUGUCAGGAUCACUGGCCUAUAAAUUCCUCGUUUAUUUUUAGAACCUUUCUUAAACGGCGGAACAAUAUUAGCUAUCUUCUACUCCUCCAGUAACUCACCUGUCGCUAAGGAUGAGUUGAAUAUCUCUGCUAGGGCCCUUGCAAUUUCUGCAUUUGCCUCCUACAGGGUUCAAGGGAACACCAUGUCAGGUCCUGGGAUUUAUCCACCCCUAUUUGCCUCAAGAUAGCAAACAUCUCCUCCUCUGUAAUCUGUAUAGGGUCCAUGCCCUCACUGCUGCUUUGCCUCACUCUGUGUCUGUCUCCUGAGUAGAUACAGAUGCAAAAAAAAAUGAUUUACAACCUCCACAUCUCUUUUGGCUCCAUGCAUAGAUUACCAUUCUAAUAUUCCAGGGGACCAGUUUUGUCCCUUGCAAUCCUUUCACUCUUACCAUAGUUGUAGAAUCCCUUAGGAUUCUCUUUCAUCUCAUCUGCUAGGGAAAACUUCUUUUAUCCUUCCUGAUUUACUUCUUAAGUGUUCUCUUGCAUUUCUUAUACUCUAUAAGUACCUCAUUUAUUCCUGUCUGCCGAAACCUGCUAUGCAUCUCCUUUUUUCCCUUAACCAUGGCAUCAAAAUCUCCUGAAAACCGAUAUUCCCAAACCUGUUAACUUUACCUUUUAUUCUGACAGGCACAUGCAAGCUUUGUACUCUCAAAAUUUCGCUUUGAAGGCCUCACACAUAAACAGAAUUUAUUCUGUUUAUGUUUGCAUGUUUAGGGCUUUAUUAUCGAGUAGCUGCUUGUUUUUAUUUGUUAACACUUUUCUCUAAAUGACUUUGUUAUUCACAUUUAAACACUUAACUCUAGGAAGCACGUGGAAGCCUAUACUGCCCGUUCUUUGUGUUUAUUAACAGCUCACCAUAGUUUUAUGUAAUUUUCUUCUGUAUUGACCUAACCUUUCAAUUUUCUGCCAUCUGCAAACUUUGAAAUUUAUUCUUCAAAGUCAAAACAUUGUGAUUGACUUCUUUAAUCUGUUUAUGGAAUUUGCAGGGGUAAAAACACCAUCGUUUAUUGUCCAGUGAUAAAUGCCCUUGAGAAGCUGAUGGUGAGGCUAAACUGCUGCACUUCUUCCAGUUAAAGAAGUCCCACGAUGUUGCUGGGCAGGGAGUUUCAGGAUUUACAUAAUGAAGAACUACAGAAUCAAAAUUCCGCAAUCUUUACUGAACAGAAGGACGCCACUUGGCCAAUUAUCUGCAUAUCACAUCUACAUAAGAGCGAUCUAUCUGAUUCUCUGCCAUAUCUAUAAAGACAAUCUGCAGUGCUCAGGUUCCCCUAUGCUCUUUGCCCCUGAUGUUUUUCUUGGUGACAGCUGUAGAUUUGGAAGGUUGGAGUCACCUAGGUGAAAAUACUUGUUAGUGUAUAUACUGCAGCUAUGAGUGCCAUUGGUGGAGGGCAUUAGCUUUUAGAGUGGUGGAUCAAAGUAGCUGCUUUCUCCUGGAUGCUGCACUGAUCCAGGCAAGUGGGAAACGAUUCCAUCUCUCCGCACUUAUGACUAUAGAUGGUGAAAAAGCUAUGCUAUGUCAUGAGGUGAAUCAUUCAGCAGAACAUAGCCAGUGCCUAACCUGCAAUAUUUAUUUGGUUUGUGCAUUCCUUGGUGAGACCACUCUUUUCAUAAUUUUUCUUUAUAUAUGCAUGGAUCUGUCAAAUGUUCAAUUUCCUUGAUACUUCAAUCAUGUAGCUCACUUUUGCCUUUCUGACUCUUUUCUACCAUCUUUGUAUUUCCAUUUGUCUUUCUCUCCAUUAUUACUCAUGCAGCUAGUGUGUGCUUAGUUUUUUUUUAGUUGAAAAUUUGCUCAAUCGCUCUGUGGAGGUUGCCUAUAUAGACUUAACCUUUCAGUGAAAUAUAUAUCUUCUGUGUUCUAUAAUGAACAGUUUUUAAAAUAGUAUGUCUCUCAUUACUUCUAAGUCAUUUUUGCCAUUUUGCCUUUAUUUUAAGUAUCCUCAGUUUUAAGUCUUCUGUCAUGACCAUUAUUAGCUAGAUCUCUCUGCACCCUCUGAUUCAUUACUAGAUCAAGCAGUGAUUCGUCCAGCAAAGUAGUAAAGAAUGCAAUAUUUUUUUAUUUUACUGAUUUUCACAGUGAAUCUUUAAAUUAAAUGAUUAAUUAUUUCAUCUGGAUUAUACUUUUACUUAAAUAAUACAGCAGGACAUAUUAAAGAUUUGUUUGCAUUUCUGCUGUUGCUACUUCAGAACAUAUUUACCACAAUGCGUGCUUUAUCAAAGACCUCUUUGCUCCCCAUGACAGAUAUUUCCAUUGGGUAUGUAAAAAGCAGUUUAAAGAGAAUAAUUGUCUUUCCCGAUACUGUUUACUCCUCCCAUGAGCUGAUGUACUCAAGACUGACUUUGGACUAUACAAUCCGGGCGAACAGUCCACUACUGAGACAAAGCUGCAUUGUUUCAGAUGAAUUCCUGCACAUGCAUCUUGAAACUGUAGUGACACACUGGCAUAACACGUCAGGAGAGUGACCUGGGUUCAGUUCUGAUCUCCAGUGCUCUCUCUGCAAUUUGCACUUUCUCACCGUGAACCACAUGUGUUUCCUCCAGUGCUCUCAUUUCCUCCCACAUCCCAAAGAUUUUGCAGGUCAGUAGGUUAAUUAAUCAUUGUAAAUGCUCCUAGUCUGAGUUUGUGGCAGAAUCCAUGUGGAGUUUAUGAGAAUGAGGGGAGAAUGGAACAGGAUUAGUGUAAGUUUAUUGUAAUUGAGUGCCUGAUGGCUGGCACAUAAAUGGAGAGCCCAAGGAGCUGUUUCUGAGCUGAAUGUCUCUAUGGCUCCCCUGUUACCCUACCCAUAAUUCAUCUAGUACUCUAUACACCAAAUAAUUAAUACUGAAUUACAAUGUGUUUUGCCUCUAGAAGUGUUUGCAAUAGAUAAUAUGGCAGCAUGUCAAAGCAAACCUUUAAUAUUUGAUGCAUUUUAGUCCGAAUAAAGCACUACUAAAAUGAAGAAAACCAGUUGCUUUAAGUUUCACUGACAGCCUCAAAAGAUUUAUACCUGAAGGUGUCCUUGGAAACUAAAUUGCAGCAAUGUCGUCCUUUGCAGAUACAUGAAAAUAAUCCUCAUGUAAAAAACAUACUAUAAGGUUAAGCAUGUAUAUAUUUACAACACUUAAAUUGCUAGUUUUUGCGUGUUUAUGUCAGUCAUUGGGGCAGGAGACAGAAUUGUACAGUUCACAACGUAAUUAGUAAUUAUAAUUAAAAACAUAUUAAAGGUUUAUUUUAUGGCCAAUUGUUGUACCUAAUUACGUCUUAGAGAUGAUGUAUCACUGUUUCUUCCACAUCUUUUAUAUUUAUAUUGUACCACACAUCCUGCACCAUAACUUGAAAAUGGAAGCACAGGAGCCUGUGCCCUGCCAUGAAUCCAUCUGCGUACCUGACAGCUCUGGCAGCAAGCUAUAGACAGUGCUGUGUAACAGGGUCAGGACAUUUUUCCACCAUCAAAGAGCUUCCUCUGCAAACGCAGAUGAUCUCAAAUCAUAAAAACAGCAAGUGAUUAUAUUCUCAUGGUUAUUUCUAAUGGCUGCAGCAAAAUAAAUUAUGAAUGUAGAAAAUGGCAAAUAAUUGGAUUAAAGCAGCAAGCUGUUGCAAUGUUAUGAUUGAGAUCAGAGACAACGUUGCACUUAGUGUGAUGGCACAGAUAGCUACAGAAAAUUCAUUUUGAAAUACUUCGUAAGGUAGCACUUCCAAAGGUAGUCCACUAGUUUUCUUUUUGUUUUGGUGAUGCAAUUUUUCACUCCACACUCUUGCAAUUAUACUUGUGAAACUCGUAAUCAAUUAGUAACAUGGCACAGUCUGCACACUUAGACAAGUGCUUUUAUAUCUCCUUUGCCUUGGUGUCAAAUUUUGCCUGCCGAUGCUCCUGCCAAGUGCUUUGGAAUGUUUUCAAACGUGAAUUAAUUCUUGUUGUGGCGACUGGCAUGCCAGUCAAGAUGGCUUGCAGAGAUCUGCACAGGGAUCUUGGCAAAUCUAGAGAGGGGCUUAAAAGGCUUAAGAAAUGGAAUGAUGCUGAUUCACACUCGCAAGUCAAUGCAAAUGUCUUGUCCUCAGUCAAAAAUAAGCUCAACCUCACUAUAGCAAUGAAUGCCAUUUUCCAGAUAAUACCAGGAUAUGUUAGAGAAAGGACAUUAGCCUCAUAGCGGACCAUUCCAGGCCAGUUAUAUAUACAGGGAUAAGAGAAGGCUAUUUAACCCUUUCAGCCUGUUUUCACUAUAGUAUUUGAAAAGUCCAGUGGUUGUUGGAAAAGAGCCUAACGCAUAAGCACUGAUAUCGCAGAGUGCUCCCUAUAAAAGGAGGGAGAGAGAAACCGGGGAAUUAUAGACCGGUUAGCCUAACGUCGGUGGUGGGGAAACUGCUGGAGUCAGUUAUCAAGGAUGUGAUAACAGCACAUUUGGAAAGCGGUGAAAUGAUCGGACAAAGUCAGCAUGGAUUUGUGAAAGGAAAAUCAUGUCUGAUGAAUCUCAUAGAAUUUUUUGAGGAUGUAACUGGUAGAGUGGAUAGGGGAGAACCAGUGGAUGUGGUAUAUUUGGAUUUUCA